UUACAAGUCACACACACACACACACGCGCGCGUACGCACACACACUGCUGAACACACAGACCGAGCACGCUCAGGUGUCGAGUCCCGAUUGGUCAGCUGAGGUGGAGGAGUGGCAGGUCAGCUAAGUGACGCACCUGAGUGGAGUGUGAGGGAUGUCCAUCACUAAGAUUCAGGCUCGUGAGAUCCUCGACUCCAGAGGAAACCCGACUGUGGAGGUCGACGUGUACACAGCCAGAGGUCUCUUUAGAGCUGCUGUUCCUAGCGGAGCCUCCACUGGUGUUCAUGAGGCUUUGGAGCUCCGAGAUGGAGACAAGACCCGUUAUCUGGGCAAAGGAACUCAGAAGGCUGUAGAUCAUGUCAAUAAUGAGAUCGGGUCCAAACUGAUUGAGAAGAAAUUCAGUGUAGUCGAGCAGGAGAAGAUUGAUAAGUUCAUGCUGCAGCUAGAUGGAACUGAGAACAAAAGUAAGUUUGGUGCUAAUGCCAUUCUCGGUGUGUCUCUGGCGGUGUGUAAGGCGGGAGCAGCAGAAAAAGGUGUUCCUCUUUACAGGCACAUCGCCGAUCUUGCGGGAAACAAAAACGUCAUCCUGCCUGUACCUGCCUUUAAUGUGAUAAACGGAGGUUCUCACGCUGGGAAUAAGCUGGCGAUGCAGGAGUUCAUGAUCCUGCCGGUGGGAGCGCGGAGCUUCAGCGAGGCCAUGAGGGUCGGAGCAGAAGUUUAUCACAACCUGAAGAACGUCAUCAACACCAAAUACGGCAAGGACGCCACCAACGUGGGGGACGAGGGGGGGUUCGCCCCCAACAUCCUGGAGAACAACGAGGCACUGGAGCUGUUGAAGUGCGCUAUAGAGAAGGCGGGGUAUCUGGAUCAGAUCGUCAUUGGGAUGGACGUGGCAGCGUCAGAGUUCUACAAAGCGGGAAAAUACGAUCUGGACUUUAAAUCUCCAGACGACCCGAAACGCCACAUCACAGGGGCGCAGCUGGGAGACCUGUAUAAGAGCUUCGUCAAAAGCUACCCGGUGAUGUCCAUCGAGGACCCAUUUGAUCAGGAUGACUGGCAGAACUGGACGGACUUCACCGCCUCAGUGGACAUCCAGAUUGUAGGAGACGACCUGACCGUUACAAACCCCAGACGCAUCCAGCAGGCGGUGGACAGAAAAGCCUGCAACUGUCUGCUGCUUAAAGUCAACCAAAUCGGCUCAGUGACCGAGUCUAUACAGGCUUGUAAGCUUGCGCAGUCUAAUGGGUGGGGUGUGAUGGUGAGUCAUCGCUCUGGUGAGACUGAAGACACGUUCAUUGCUGACCUCGUAGUUGGGUUGUGCACUGGACAGAUUAAGACUGGCGCCCCCUGCAGGUCAGAACGCUUGGCCAAGUACAACCAGCUUUUGAGAAUCGAGGAGGAGCUUGGAGACAGUGCCAAGUAUGCUGGCCGAGACUUUCGUCAUCCCAAAGUCAAUUAAACUGGGGACCUACACCAUGCUCAUGAUAUCUCACACACACUAUCUAUCUCUGACCAAGACUGUUCCAGCUCCUAAUAAAAUAAUAUCAAUGGUAGGAACUUGUCAAAUAAAAAAUGAGCAAUGGC